CACAAAGACAGCAAGACUAAAGUUAAGUUAGCUUGACGACGUGGACUAUUGUAUGUGUGAGCCUCAGGGCUAUAACGACAAGAUAACGAUGCUGCUUUACUGUGCCUGAGGGACACAAAGAGGACAACUCAGGACAGAGCAGGACAUAAGAGUGCACACAAGUGGACACAACACUACAGUUUUGGACUGUAAUCCAAAGAUCAGUGAUGGAUCAGUCGCCGCAGGUUUGGCACAUGCAGGCCGCCACCCAGGAUUCUGGGGGCGAGCUCCAAAAGAUGUCCACGGUGAGCCAGCCGGAGUGUCCCAUCUGCUACAACACCUAUGACAACGUCUUCAAGACCCCCAAGCUGUUAGCCUGCACCCACACCUUCUGCCUGGAGUGCCUCUCCCGUCUCAUGGCCAUCUCGCCGGCAGAGCAUGACAUCAUGGCGGCAGAAACGGGCGAGGCGGGCACCACGCCGCACGUUUUCUGCCCUUUCUGCCGCCAGAGCACCACCUUGCCCGAGGGCGGGCCACCGUCCCUGCCCACCAACCACGACAUGCUACACAAGCUGCCCAGCCACCAGCAGCAGGAGGAGCCAGUGUGGCUGGAGGGCGAGAAGCUGUGCUACAAAAGCGCCGGGCCGGCAUCCGACAGCCUCAGCGCCUUGUGCAUCUGCAUCGACAUUGGGGCCACCAAGGCGGCGGGUGACGCCCCCGUCCGGAGCCCGCAGCGGCACGUGGGGCUGCUGCACCAGCUGGCGGACUGGAAGAGGAUGAUGCUGUUUGUGAUGCUGAUGGUGCUGCUGGUGGUGGUGGUGCUGUGGCCGCUGCAGUGCAUGUUUAGCACGGGAAACAUGAGAUGUGCACCGAUGGUACGACCCAACCGCACAGCCACCACACCCACAAUGCUGACUUUCAAAGCGUUUACCAGGCCUUCUGCUCCGACUCAAUAAACACUAAGACUGCCUGGACUAGACUGGACUGGACUGGACUGUACAUAGUUUGUAUCUGUCUUUGUGAAUGACUGACUGCCACCAACUACAAAUCCCCACAGCUCCCUCUAGUGGCAGUGUGGAAAGACACAAUAAGGCCGAAAAACAAGACUCCUCUACAAACAUAUUGAUAGUUGCACCAUAAAUCAACAUUGCUAGUUUUGAAAUUGUAUUUUGUCGAACAUUAUUUGAUGA